GACUUCCUGUAAGCAGCGAUGCUUGUAGCUUUACCAAGAAGGACAUACCACAUCCUGAGCUUAUGCCAUACCGUUGGCAUUACAGCUGCCAGUUGAAGAUAACUUUUGUCCCUUUUGUGCCUUUUACCUGUUUGUGCACCUUAUUGCAAGAAGUGUGUUAUUGAAACGUUACACUAUUGGAUUACGCCUUGUGAGAUACUGAGAAAAUAUGGAGGAGCUCAGACAGGAGCUCAAUUACCAAAGACUAUCAUCAGAGGAGAGCAUCUUCUCUGCUGACUCAGAGUUCUCCUGGGAUGACUAUGAGAAUGAUAUCUACGGGCAACUGCCCAGUUUACAGAAAAGGCUGCAGCACAAGGAUCAAGUACAGGAAGCUGAGGUUCACUGGAACCCCAAUCAACCACUGAAGAUGUUGCCCCUGUGUAUACAGGAGAAGAGGAACCUCAGGGAUAGACAACAUCUAGAGAGGUGUAGAAUUGAUUACUGGGUAUCAUGGAAGCAGAGUCAGGAAAUUGCAAGAAGGCGACUGAGGGAGCAGGUCGGGAGAGUCGUCUCAAGACUACUGCUAUGGAAAACCACCCUCCAUAACAUUGAAGGGAGGUUUGGUGUGGGUGUGAAGGCGUACUUCGUGUUCCUUAGGUACCUGCUCUUCCUAAACUUCCUGAACUGUACCAUCAUCGCUGGCUCUGUGCUAAGUCCCACUCUGUAUAUCAGGACCAAAAAUACUAACACAUCCUGGUCCGAGAACUUCACUCAAAAUAUUUCACUUUUGGAUAUGUUUCUGGGCUCUGGCUUUAUGGAACACUCUCCAGUUUUCUAUGGGUUCUACAAAAACCACUCUUUCGGCUCAAAAUGUUUGAACAUAGCUCUCCUCUUUUUCUUUGGCAUGCUCAUCAUACUCCUCCUUAAUCUCAUCCUGAUAGUGCGCAGGACGGUGGUGGGUUAUAAGAACACAUGGCUUACUGGCAUUAAUUUCAGUGCCAAUAUGAGCUAUAAGGUGUUCUGUGGAUGGGAUUUCUGCAUCCGCGAGCCUGACGCAGCCGUCCUUAAACACAACUUAAUCAGGAACGAACUGAAGAUGGACCUUGAGGAACAGAAGUUUCGUCAGAAAGUCUUGGGACGUUCACUGAAGCAGUGGAUUCUUCUGUACGUCCUCCGCAUUGCUCUCAACUUUAUGGUGUUAAUUCUUAUGGGCGGCUCCAUCUAUCUGAUCUGGUUUGCCACCACUAAAUUGGUAAACCCUGAGCUCCACUGGACUUUGAAUCUCCUGAAAGGCUAUUAUUCAGCCAUUACAAUCACAAUAGUCAAUUUUCUGAUGCCACACUUUUUUUCUGCAAUCACCGUGUAUGAAGACUACUCUCUCACCACACAGCUUAAUGUCACCUUAGUUCGGAGUAUCCUGCUGAAGCUGGGAAGCUUAGCCAUCUAUCUCUUCUUCCUCAUUACUAAAAUUAAUAAUGAUCAUCACUGCAAGUGUCGAGAGACUGAGUUUGGAAAGGAAAUGUAUAAGCUCACAAUAUUUCAACUCUUGGCAUCUUUCUGCAAUACAUUCUUGGUGGCGUAUCCCAGAAAGUUGUUGGUGGAGAAGUGUACAACCUCUAAAUUGUCAAGAGUGGGCAAGCAGCGGUUUGUGAUCCCACUGAAUGUGUUAGAUCUGGUAUAUAGUCAGACAGUCACUUGGGUGGGAGUUUUUUAUUGUCCUCUCCUGCCAGCCAUCAGCAUUUUUAAACUACUGGCAAUCUUCUACAUCAGUAAAUUCAAUCUGAUGCGAUGUUGCGACCCAGCUAGGAAAAUGUUCCGGACCACCAGCUCUUCGGUUCUGUUUCAUUUCAUGCUCUUACUGGGCCUCAUCAUGUCCGCCGUGACAAUUGGUGUCAACAUUAAACUGUUUGCUCCUUGUGAUUGUGGCCCAUUUCAAGGGAACCAGACUGUGUAUAACAUGACCAAUGCCUGUGUUGACACACUUCCAUAUGCUGCAAAGACAGUCAUACGUUACAUGACAUCUGCAGCUUUUGCAUUCUCGCUCAUAUUAAUGGAGAUUAUCAUCCUGACAUCUUAUGUGUCUCGUAGACGAGCCAAUCAGAAGGCCAUGGAGAGGCUCAAGGACAUGCUUGUUAUGUGCAGCUCAGACAAACGUUAUCUGGUGAGUCAUCAUGCCACAUUGCUCAGACGACAGAGGAAGACCGUCAAGCGCUCCGAAAAGGUGGCCUCACGGCAGUGAAAGGGUCUUUCUCUUUGCUCUGUGUCAGAGAGCACAACUCUCAUCUCAGUACUGCUUAUUCUACACCAAAAUGGGCCUUGGAACUAUAAUGCAAUUUUCAAAAACUGUCUACAAGACACAUGCAAGGGAGUAAGCUGGACUCUGUUUCCUUAAAAGGAAGUAAAAUUGAGGUUGUACAAUAUUUUGUUCAUAUUUUUUGCUUGGGCAGAAGGUGCCAACAGUUUGACACGCUCAUAUGCUCAGCAGUGUAUAUUUUGUUUUUUGAAACCUGCUAUUUAGACAAUAGUCUCAACCAUUCUAUGCUGAUAUCACUGUGAAGUUUUAAGGAAAAUCAGCCAGACUUUCAAAAUGACAAUGUAGAUCAAAUACCAUUUAGUGAUCUACAAAUGUGCUGGCUCGUCUAGAUAAACAGUGGUAGAUUGUUCUCAUACCAGCAGAGUCAUUUUUAUGUAAAGCAACACAUAAUACAUUGACCCUAUUAUGGUCUCUCUGCAAAUGCUAUCAGUAUUCUUUAGGCCUAGUGCUGUUAAUCAUAUAACUCUCGUCUGUGUGCUGACUAAUUAAUAUAGCAAAAUAACAACAUUAGCUUUCCAUAUGUUAUUUUGUAAUGUAAGCUAUGCUGUUAUUAUUAUCAGUGUUAGUUUUUUUGUUUGUUUUUUUUUUAGAUUUAUUUAUUUUUUGUAUGUGUUGUAUACAGUAUAGAAUUAAUAUAGCAAAAUAACAACAUUAGCUUUCUAUAUGUUAUUUUGUAAUGUAAGCUAUGCUGUUAUUAUUAUCAGUGUUAGUUUUUUUGUUUGUUUUUUUUAGAUUUAUUUAUUUUUUGUAUGUGUUGUAUACAGUAUAUAACAAGCACAAAGGAUCUUUUGAUUGAUAGGACAGUUAAUAAUAGAUUAAUAGAUUAAUGCAUUUCUGGUACAUUUAAUAUAUAUGGAACCACAGUUACCAUGAACUAUCCCAGUCAAAC